AUGUAUUCACCUUCUACAUCAUCUCAGUUCUUACAAGAUCUUCUUGGAAACUUUCAUUCCAGGAAAUUACUGCUAUAUUACAAACAAUUAAACCAAUCAUCAUCAAACACGUCUCCUCCUCCUCCUUACCCUCAGAAUACCAAUUUAGACCAAAAUGUUUUCAUGAUACUUUCGGUCCUCAUUUGUGGUAUAAUUUCCUCAUUGGGACUAAACUUGAUAAUCAGAUGUGUGCUAAGGUGCUCGAACAGGGCGGCCUCGGAGUACAUCGACAACCCAUCAGCUGCAAUAGUCGAUAGAGGGAUCAAGCCGAAAGCACUCAAAACUUUCCCCGUGGUGAAUUACUCAGCGCAGAUGAAUAUGCCGGGACUUGACUGGGAAUGCGUGAUAUGCCUGUCGGAGUUUUUGCCCGGCGAGCACCUCCGGUUCCUACCAAAAUGCAACCAUGGAUUCCAUGCUCGUUGCAUCGAUAAGUGGCUUAAAUCACACACAUCGUGCCCCAAAUGCAGGCAUUGUCUGCUUGAAACAUGCCAAAAAAUUAUGGGGUGUAAUCAAAGUAGCUCGUUGGAGAGCAUUGUGAAUAUUCAACCACUGGAACCUGAAGGUAUGGUGCGUGAUAUUAGGGGGUAAAAGACGAUGUGAUUCUUUUUUUUUUUUUUUUCC